CGUACGGAAGUCGCCUUGGGUAGUCAAGGGAGUGAGGCCGGCCGAGGCGGCGGGAGGAAGAUGGCGGGGAAGAAGAAUGUCCUGUCUUCUCUGGCGGUGUACGCGGAAGACUCAGAGCCCGAGUCUGACGGCGAGGCUGGAGUCGAAACGGCGGGCAGCGCGGCCGAGGAGAAAGGUGGAUUGGUGUCUGAGGCCUACGGAGAGGACGAUUUUUCUCGCAUCGAGGGUGACGAAGAUGGUUACGAAGAAGAAGAGGAUGAGAACAGCAAACAGUCGGAAGAUGACGAUUCAGAGACUGAAAAACCUGAGGCUGAUGACCCAAAGGACAACCCCGAGGUGGAGAAGCGGGACCCGCAGGAGUUAGUGGCCUCCUUUUCUGAGCGUGUCCGGAACAUGUCGCCCGACGAAAUCAAGAUCCCGCCUGAGCCUGCCGGCAGGUGUUCGAAUCACUUGCAGGACAAGAUCCAGAAGCUUUAUGAGCGGAAGAUAAAGGAGGGGAUGGACAUGAACUACAUCAUCCAAAGGAAGAAGGAGUUCCGGAACCCCAGCAUCUACGAGAAGCUGAUCCAGUUCUGUGCGAUUGAUGAGCUCGGCACCAACUACCCAAAGGACAUGUUCGACCCGCAUGGCUGGACAGAGGACUCCUACUAUGAGGCAUUAGCCAAAGCCCAGAAGAUCGAAAUGGACAAGCUGGAAAAGGCCAAGAAGGAGCGAACCAAAAUUGAGUUUGUGACGGGCACCAAGAAAGGCACCACCACCAAUGCCACGGCCACCACCACCACCACGGCCAGCACCGCAGUUGCAGAUGCCCAAAAGAGGAAAAGCAAGUGGGACUCGGCCAUCCCGGUGACGACCAUAGCCCAGCCCACCAUCCUCACCACCACGGCCACUCUGCCAGCUGUCGUCACCGUGACCACCAGCGCCAGCGGCUCCAAGACCACGGUCAUCUCUGCCGUGGGCACCAUCGUGAAGAAGGCCAAGCAGUGACCGGGGGGACCCUGUGACUCGGGGAGGCUCGGACAUCCUGCUCCCCCCCGUAGAGGGGAGGGGCCGCUCCAGGCUCCAGGACGCGCUCGGACUGCAGCCCCGGGACCGACGCUGCGGGCGGGCGGCGUGGCGUGUUUCAGGGCCGCCCCGGGGGGCCUCUGCGCGGCGCUCCGGCCGAGAGAAGGACGUCGCCGAGGAGGAGGGGGCGCUGUGGACUGGGUCCUCGCACCGCGUGGGCUCUGCCGCCCGAUUAAAAGUGCUGUGUUCUUACA